AUGACUAUAAACAUUUUAUGCUACCUUAACACGUGGAUCUCUAGACUCUACCACAUCGAGACCACAAUCCCCUUCAUGAUAUGGGUCCAUGACAACGCCUAUUUUGUCUUCCGCGUCUAUCGAUUUUUUGUGAACUAUUAUCACAGUGCACAAUCAUUAAGUGUUAUCAUAAUGGCUGCUCAUCGAUUUUGGUCCUCGAAAUCUACUUCGAGCAACAGGUUUUGGAGCAUGUAUUAUGGUCACGUGUAUUUAGGACUGGCGGUGACUAGUGGGAUUUUGACGAUGCCAAAUGUGUUUCUGGGAUUGUAUGCAGUAGAUUAUUAUGAUAGAGAAGCAGGCGUGUUUGUGAUUAAUAGACUAACUGCGAACACUCGAAUCAUUAUGAUAGCGGAUGCCUACAAUCAACCCGAUGAACAUGUUGCCGGAGAAAGUGUUAGAAAUGCGGAGACACGGAAUAAUGGACAGGUGGAAAAGAGGGUUUAUUCAGCAGUUGUGGAAUAUUGUGACUUUGCGCAAAAGCUAUAUGAUAUGUGGAAAACAUUUCUUGUUGCGACGGUUAUUGGGCAGGUGAACCCCGAACCGACCGCAAUGAGUGAGAGAGUGUGA